GCGGGAGCCGCGGGGAGCGCGGGGGCGGCCCGGGGCGCCCCGGGCCCCGCGCCCCGCUCGCCCGCCGCGCGCGGAAGAUGGUGGCGGCGCCGUGCGCCCGGAGGCUGGCCCGGCGCUCGCACUCGGCGCUGCUCGCGGCGCUCACGGUGCUGCUGCUGCAGACGCUGGUCGUGUGGAAUUUCAGCAGCCUCGACUCCGGGGCCGGCGAGCGCCGCGGGGGCGCCGAGCAGCCGCCCCCGGCCCCGGCCCCGCGCCGCGAGCGCCGGGACCUGCCCGCCCGGCCGGCUGCAGCCCGAGGAGGCGGCGGAGGAGGGCGGGCGCCCCCGGCGCGGGCGCGGGGAGGCGGCCCCGGAGAAGCCCGGGCGCAGCCGCCGGCCAGCCGGGGCGCACGGCCCGCCCGCGCGCUGGACCCACACCCGAGCCCUCUGAUCUCCCUGGAGACCCAGGACGGCUACUUCUCCCACCGGCCAAAAGAGAAAGUGCGAACAGACAGCAACAACGAGAACUCAGUCCCCAAAGACUUCGAGAAUGUGGACAACAGCAACUUCGCACCCAGGACUCAAAAGCAGAAGCACCAGCCUGAGCAGGCAAAGAAGCCCCCGAGCAGACAGAAGGAGCUGUUGAAAGGGAAGCUGGAGCACGAGGAGAAGGGGAAGGGACGUUCCUUCCCGGGGAAAGGCACCAACGAGGUGCUCCCUCCCGGGGACAGAGCUGCAGCCAACAGCAGCCGGGGCAAGGAUGCCCCCAGACAGCCCCACGCCAGGAAGGGUGGGGGCGGCUCCCCUGAGAUCAAGUAUGACCAGCCCCCCAAGUGUGACAUCUCUGGCAAGGAGGCCAUCUCUGCCCUGUCUCGCGCCAAGUCCAAGCACUGCCGCCAGGAGAUCGGGGAGACCUACUGCCGCCACAAGCUGGGGCUGCUGAUGCCGGAGAGGGUGACGCGGUUCUGCCCGCUGGAAGGUAAAGCCAACAAGAACGUGCAGUGGGACGAGGACUCCGUGGAGUACAUGCCGGCCAACCCCGUCAGGAUUGCCUUCGUGCUGGUGGUGCACGGCCGCGCCUCUCGGCAGCUGCAGCGCAUGUUCAAGGCCAUCUACCACCGGGACCACUUCUACUACAUCCAUGUGGACAAGCGCUCUAAUUACCUGCACCGGCAAGUGCUCCAGUUCGCCGGGCAGUACAGCAACGUCCGCGUCACCCCCUGGAGGAUGGCCACCAUCUGGGGCGGGGCCAGCCUGCUGUCCACCUACCUGCAGAGCAUGCGGGACCUCCUGGACAUGGCCGACUGGCCCUGGGACUUCUUCAUCAACCUCAGCGCAGCCGACUACCCCAUCAGGACAAACGACCAGCUGGUGGCAUUCCUCUCCCGAUACCGAGAGAUGAAUUUCCUGAAGUCACAUGGCCGGGACAAUGCAAGGUUCAUCCGGAAACAGGGUCUGGACCGGCUCUUCCUGGAGUGUGAUGCACACAUGUGGCGCUUGGGGGACCGGCGCAUCCCAGAGGGCAUUGCGGUAGAUGGUGGCUCCGACUGGUUCCUGCUGAACCGAAAGUUUGUGGAGUAUGUGACCUUCUCCACAGAUGAUCUCGUGACCAAAAUGAAGCAAUUCUACUCCUAUACCCUGCUUCCUGCUGAGUCCUUCUUCCACACGGUGCUGGAGAACAGCCCCCACUGCGACACCAUGGUGGACAACAACCUGCGGGUCACCAACUGGAACCGCAAGCUGGGCUGCAAGUGCCAGUACAAGCACAUCGUGGACUGGUGCGGCUGCUCCCCCAACGACUUCAAGCCGCAGGACUUCCAUCGCUUCCAGCAGACAGCCAGGCCUACCUUCUUUGCCCGCAAGUUCGAGGCCGUGGUGAAUCAGGAAAUCAUCGGGCAGCUGGACUAUUACCUGUACGGGAACUACCCUGCAGGCACCCCAGGCCUUCGCUCCUACUGGGAGAGCAUCUAUGAUGAGGCGGAUGGUGUCCACAGCCUGAGCGACGUGGCUCUCACCUUGUACCAUUCCUUCACCCGCCUGGGCCUGCGCAGGGCCGAGUCCUCGCUGCACACAGACAGGGAGAACAGCUGCAGGUACUACCCAAUGGGCCACCCCGCGUCUGUCCACCUCUACUUUCUUGCUGACCGCUUCCAAGGCUUUCUGAUCAAGCAUCACGCAACCAAUCUGGCCGUGAGUAAACUUGAGACCCUGGAGACAUGGGUGAUGCCAAAGAAAGUCUUCAAGAUCGCAAGCCCACCCAGCGACUUCGGGAGGCUGCAGUUUUCCGAGGUCGGCACCGAAUGGGAUGCCAAGGAGCGGCUCUUCCGCAACUUUGGGGGUCUCCUGGGACCCAUGGACGAGCCGGUAGGCAUGCAGAAAUGGGGGAAGGGGCCCAACGUGACAGUGACUGUCAUCUGGGUGGAUCCUGUCAACAUCAUCGCAGCCACCUACGACAUCCUGAUCGAGUCCACUGCCGAAUUCACCCACUACAAGCCCCCUCUGAACUUGCCCCUGAGGCCUGGGGUCUGGACAGUGAAAAUCCUGCACCACUGGGUGCCCGUUGCAGAGACCAAAUUCCUCAUCGCCCCUCUGACCUUCUCAAACAGGCAGCCCAUCAAACCAGAGGAGGCCCUGAAGCUGCACAACGGGCCCCCCCGCAGCGCCUACAUGGAGCAGAGCUUCCAGAGCCUGAACCCCGUCCUCAGCCUGCCCGUCGUCCCGGCCCAGGUGGAGCAGGCGCGCAGGAACGCGGCGGCCUCGGGCGCGGUGCUGGAGCACUGGCUGGACACGCUGGUGGGCGGGAUGUGGACCGCCAUGGACAUCUGCACCACCGGCCCCACCGCCUGCCCGGUCAUGCAGACCUGCAGCCAGACGGCCUGGAGCUCCUUCAGCCCCGACCCCAAGUCGGAGCUGGGGGCAGUCAAACCCGACGGCCGGCUCAGGUAGCACCGGGCACCUGGAGCCACCGUGGAGCUUGAAGGGAAAGCAGCCAGAGGGCCGGUGGGGCCUGGACCCAGCCUCCCCCCCACCCCCGGGGGUGCCUUUAGCCAGACGGGCUCUCCCGGCCAUAGGCAGGAAGGCAGGCUUGGAGGCCAAGGCAGGGUCCGCCGAGGGCCUGCGUUUGGCAGGCUGGCCCCGGGGGUGGGGGCGGCUCAGUCCCACGCCUUGGUGGUCUCACCGCUUCUGGUUGAUCAAGUCCUGCAGGUUCCUUGUCUUCCCGGCCAGUGACCUGACCCCACCCAGACAAGUGAUUCUCAAGCUUUUAUUUUGAGCAGCAGAACUUUGUUUACUAAGCGCAGGCGCAGGUGGAAGUUCAAGGUGCCGGCACGGGCCUCGCUGCUCGGCUGACGCUGGGGGGUGCGAGGUCCCUUCUCAAAGCUCAGCCCACCCGGCAGUCCCUUCACCAAGGGCAUCUCCUAAGGUACCUCUCUAGACCCCAAGGGCUCUGCAAAACCCAGUUUGAAGAGCACUGCCUGACCGUGGGGCUGCUCUCGGGCCCUGCGUCUUGGAAUGGCAGCCCAGGGACAGUCACGCGCCUGGGCUCUCCCAGGGAGGGGGCAGGCUCGGGGACCCCGGCCCUCCUCGGCCCGGCCUGGUCCGUCCGUCCAGGUGGGGCUGCGCCAUGUUCCGGGCCCAGGGCACAGCAGAACAGGGACGAUGUUGAUGAGCAGGAGGUGUUCGUGGGCUGGAGCCAGCCACCCCCUGAUCCUAGACACGGGGACCUUGGGGACCGUGGCCCAGACUCCUGGGCCAGGCAGCGAAGCAGUCCCCGCCCCGAGCCUGCGCCCUGGGGCUCGGUCAGCCCCCACCCUGGGCACUUACGUCUCGCACACGCGCACUGUGGGGACAGGCCAGCCCGCAGGGAGCAGGCUUUUCACACGCAGGAAAAAGCAUCUCAGAUUUGCUUUUGAGUCUCAUGCCCGUCUUUACCCAGGGUGCCAACUGCGCGUCUCAUACGCAGCGUGAAGGGGAAGCUUGAGUAUCUGGAUGUUCAGAACCUAAACAAGAGUAUUGUUCAAAUCGCUUGAGUUACCAGAAACCUGAGGGUUUCCUUGCCAUGUCCCCCUCGGGGGGCCACCCUGCUCAUCUGGAGAGCCCGCCCGACUCCUCCACAGAACCCACUCCCCCCCAAGCACGGGCUUCCCUUGGAAAAGCCCCACCCUGGUUGCAGACCCCGGGGAGAGCCGGCUCCGGGCCGGAGGGUGCCGCCGCCCACUGCCUGGCCCCGAAACCUGCCCACCCCCACCCGCCGGAGGCCUGUGCUGCGGGCAGUGGAGCUGCGGAGAAGGGGCACUCGAGACAGUUAUUAUUUAUACGUUUUAGUCAAUGACUAAUUAGUAGGUGCUGUUUUUGCAGCUUGUCAAUUGUGUUACUAACUGAAGCUGCCUUUAUUCACAGAAGGCCCCCUUUUCUCCCCCUUCUUUCCCCGCCCCCAUGUCUCUCUCCCCAUCUCUCACGGUCUCUGCCCGUCUCUGUCUCUCUCGGUUUCUCUCUCUUGGUUCCUCUCUCUGCCCUACAUUCUCGGGGUCCUCAGAGGAAGGCAGGGAAGUCAGACGCACCAUGAGGAGGAUGCUCGGACCCCUGGCUUAACGUGGGGUGCCUUUGAGAACACUUGGGGCCUCGCUUUAUCUCCCACAGGGUGUUUAGCGGCAUGUGGCCCUCCAGUUCUGGGGGGAGGGGAAUUCCUGAGCCACCCCCACUCCCCACCCCCAGACACAGGGACUCUCAGAUGGCACAUUGCAGGUGGCACACUGGGCGGCCCUGCUCCCGCCAGUCCUGGCCUUGCCACCACAGGACGGGACGCAGGCAGCACCCCAGCCUAGGAGGGAGAGGUCCGGCUUAGGGCCAUCAGAGCAGCCAGGGGAGAGCCACUCCCCACGCUCUUCCCGGGACAGGGGCUACGACAGGCCCGGGGGCCAGAGGCCACCACCCUUCUCUUGCCCCCGCCUGCCUCCAGCCAGGGUUUUCGCGGCCCGUGAAGCUGCGCACCGCGGAAAGCUGGCACUGUGGGCUCACGCCCCACAAGGAGCGGGGGGUGCCCUGAGCAGCCACGGAGUGUUCCAGAAGGCCCUCUGUUUGCGGACCAGAAAAUAACUGCAGGUGUUACAUCUGACGCAGAGAGAAAGCGGGAGCUGCAAACACAACCCGCGGCGAUGUGAGAAGAAGUGCUCUUUCCCAGGGAGGAGUUUGACUUAUUUUUUAUCAGCCUGAGGAUGAUUUGUCUGUUAGAGGCCAGGCAGGCAGCCUUGAGCUGAGGCGUCGUGGGGGCUUCACAAGCUUGAGAACAGGGUCUCCGGAAGCCCUGUGACGUGCAGCGGCCGCGAGACUGUGGCUGAGCCCUGUAGGUCCCUGCGACCUCAGGUGGAGACUUGAGGGGUCCGUGUGUGGGGACAUGGGGAGUCAGCAGGCCGCAUACUAGCUGGCUUGCCCACCCAGCCCAGUGACGUCAAGCCUGGAACCCCCCUAGGGCAGGAGGCCGCCCCAGGUGCCACAGCCCAGGGAGCUGAGCAGUGUUUGCAGAAGCUCCAAACAACGCCCAGUGCUUUAAGCAUCCCCACCCCCACCUUUGGAAAAAGACCUUUCCAACCUGAUGUGGAGCCAUUCUGACUUUUUCCCCAUGGUGAGUUUAAUCUUUAAGGGAUAUUUAGACGGAAUGAGCGGGACCCCCAAACCCACCCUAAGGGGCGAAUUGCAGCUACUCUGGGCUGGUGCCUGAGCUGGGUGAACCAGGCUUCCUUCCAGUGUCCUAGUUCAAGGUGCAAACAGUAGCCCUGGCUGAAACCUUGGCCUCUGCCCAGAAGGUGCCGAGUAGAGGGAAGCAGUGGCAGCUGGGUGUGGGGUGUGAGGAGCAACUAGUUCUUUGCAACCAAAUUAAAGAGGAUUUGGGACACAAGUGCCCCGGCAACACCCAGGGGCGGGGGGGGGGGGUAUA